AUGCACACGUCGCAUCAAAUGAUGCCGCCGUCGGCCACCAACAACAUCAAUUCGAUGCCGCCGCUGCCGCCGCCGCCUCCUCAUCAUCAUCUACCGUACUCGCUGCUCAACGCCUUCUACAGUAUGUCGGCGGCAUCGCCGUCGGGCAUCCGCCAACACGAGUUCAACGAAGGCGGCGUCAAAACGAAAACCGCGCGCGCCUACAAUCCGGGCCGUCCGUUGUGCAUCGAGGAUCGCCGCAAAAUCGUGCGCCUCUAUGAGGAGGGCAAUCGCGUGUCGCACAUCGCGCGCCUCAUCGGCGUCACUCACAGUUGCGUCAGCAAGAUCAUGUCGAGAUAUCGACGAACCGGAAGUGUGCAGCCGCGCAGUUUCCGCGCCUACGACUACGAGGAGCCGCAGAGAUUCGAAAUUCUCGACGACAAGGAGAAGACGCGAAUCGAGAAGGCCUCGCCGAAUCAAGCCCUACCAUUUUCCAUUGAGAGGUCCGCUGUCUAG